AAGAAGGAAGCAGGGUUAGAACGAUUCCAGUACUGGCCCGCGAAGAGGGAGGAGCAUUUCCUUACCUGAGGGCACGGGCCUCUCCCCUUGUUUGCUCUGAGAUAGCCAGUCUCGCUCCUGCCCAGCUCGAGGAGGCUGCCCUGUGGGUGCUGCCUUCCCUCCCCCCAGACCCAGACACCCAGACACCCAGACCACCCAGAUCGACCCAUAGACGGCUGCACUGCAGGACUUCGCCAUGGCCCGGCUUUCUGGGCUGUUCCUUUGUGGGGCCCUGCUGAGCUUCGCUUGCCAGGACCUCGGGAUAGCCGUGGAGGUCAAGGUGCCCGCUGAGCCCCUGAGCACCCCUGUGGGUAAGAACGCCGAGCUGCCCUGCAGCUACAGCACGUCGGUGGGAGACAGCUUCGCUCUGGAGUGGAGCUUUGUGCCGCCGGGGAAGCCCCUCUCUGCGUCCCACCCGAUCCUGUACUUCACCAAUGGCCGCGUGUAUCCAACUGGUUCUCAGGCAAAGAGGGCCAGCCUGCUUCAGAACCCCCCCACAAGAGGGGUAGCCACCCUGAAACUGAUUGAUGCCCACCCUUCGGAUACUGGAACCUACCUCUGCCAAGUUAAUAACCCGCCAGAUUUCUACACAAAUGGGUUGGGGCUAAUCAACCUUACUGUGCUGGUGCCCCCCAGUAGUCCCUUGUGCAGUAAGAGUGGUCAGACCUCUGUGGGGGGUUCUGCUGCACUGAAAUGCAGUUCUUCCCAGGGAGCCCCCAGGCCAGUCUACAACUGGGUCCGGCUUGGAUCUUCCCCUACACCUUCUCCUGGCAGCAUGGUGCAAGAUGAGGUGUCUGGCCAGCUGAUUCUCACCAAUCUCUCCCUGACCUAUUCGGGCACCUACCGCUGUGUGGCCACCAACCAGAUGGGCAGUGCAUCCUGUGAGCUGACCCUCUCUGUGACUGACCCAUCCAAAGGCCGAGUGGCUGGGGCUCUGAUUGGGGUGCUCCUGGGCGUGCUGUUGCUGUCAGUUGCUGCGUUCUGCCUGAUAAGGUUCCAGAAAGACAGGAGGAAAAGGCCCAAGGAGACAUAUGGGGGCAGUGACAUUCGGGAGGAUGCCAUUGCUCCUGGGAUUUCUGAGCACACUUCUAUGAGGCCCGAUUCUAGCAAAGGGCUCCUGGAGAAACCCUCCUCUGCCAGCAGUGUGACGACCACCAAGUCCAAGCUCCCUAUGGUUGUCUGAUUUCUCCUCCUAUCCUUGAGGGGGGAAUAUCAAGAAUUAAAGCCUUUGGGUACCAUA